AUCUUAUUGUAGAUUACUAGAUGUGCAUGGAUUUACUCUAUGUUAAAAAUCUUGGAUUUGGUUGAAACAGUCUUAUUUAUAUUAAGAAAAAAAAAUAAUCAAGUAUCUGGUUUGCAUUUGUACCAUCACGUCUCUAGCGUACUUAUAGUGUGGUUAUGUGUAAGAUAUUUGAAUACUACUUUCAUCGGAAUUAUUGGCACAACCAACUGCUUAAUACACGUGAUAAUGUACACGUAUUACUUCCUGGCAGCCUGUGGACCGACCGUCCAAAAAACUAUUGCACCUAUAAAACGAUGGAUAACUAUAGCACAAAUGAUACAAUUCAUCGUGCUGCUACUGUAUUUAUCGCAUCCAUUGAUAUUCGGUUGCAAAGUCACAAGUAAUUGGCUCAUCAUAAUGUUUAUUACACAUUUAUUAAUAAACUUUUUCAAUUUCCUUAAAUUCUAUCAAACGUCGUACAAGAAAUAUAAAAAAAAUCAGUAG